AUGACCAUAGUCGCCAAACCGCCGCGAGACGUUCGGCGGCGACAGGAAAAGUUUGGUACUUCCAGCGGCUCGUCUGCGUCGUCCACAGCCGCCGCGGCGCCCAUCAAGAUCCGUCCGGCGUUCACCGUGACUCGGCCCGACUCCCCCGGACCCUCGUCCUCCUCCAGCCCCCCGUCCAGCGGCCCCCGGAACCCUUUCUCCAGCAGCGCCUCUGCGGCCCGCGACAAACCACUGGUCAAAAAAAUCGCUCCUAUGAUGGCGAAAACUAUCAAAGCCUUCAAGAACCGCUUUUCCCGACGAUAG